UCAUUGUGAAAAAGUUAUAACAUCAUCGGGUGUAAUAUUUAAUGCCGAUAUAUCAUUUGUACCUAGUGAAAUUCGAUCACUUUAUACUUGACAAUUGAACUUGUGCAAUACAAAUUUAAACAGUCGCACUUAUUGAUAAUGUUUGUUGGUUACGAUCGGAUUAUUAUAGGUUUUAUUUUAUGUUUUAAUAUUAUUAGCUGUACACCUUUGUUUAAAGUUAAUCAUAUCAUACAAAUAGUGAAUAGCAUUCCAAAACACUCAUGGAAGGCUGGAAUAAAUUUCUAUCCAAGUUUUUUGACUAACGUUUCACAUCUCAUGGGAGUUCUACCAUUGAAUAAACUAAGUGAAAAUGAUAUUCUCCUUACAAACGAUUUAUCCAUUGAUUUUGAACCUUUGCCGGAGAGUUACGAUGUCACACAAACAUGGUCUGAAUGUAAAUCGGUUGUUUCAAUCAAAGACCAAUCAAACUGCGGAUCUUGUUGGGCCCUAUCAACCGCUUCUGCGUUUGGUGAUCGUCUAUGUAUCGCCACAAACAUGAAUUAUAAUAGAGUCUUAUCUGGUGAGUAUAUAAAUUCGUGUUGCAAUGGAAAAUGUGGUAACGGAUGUAACGGUGGAUAUCCAGAAAAAGCAUGGAAAUUCAUAAAGAAAAAUGGAUUAUGCACAGGAGGUGAAUACAAUUCUAAUGAGGGAUGUCAGCCAUAUAGUAUAUUUCCUUGUCCAAUAAAUACGAAUUACUGCUCAAAGAAAAAUGAAGAAACUCCCCAAUGUUAUAAAAAUCAGUGUACCAAUUCUUACUAUGAGAUUCCAUUAUCAUCAGAUCUGUACUAUGCUACUAAAGUGUAUUCUGUUAGACCAAAACCGGAAAUAAUUAUGAAUGAUAUAUAUAAAAAUGGACCUGUUGUUGCUGCAAUGAAAGUCUAUGAAGAUUUCAUACACUAUAAAGGAGGAAUAUAUCAGUAUACGACCGGCGAAUUAAAAGGUGAUCACGCUGUUAAAAUAAUGGGAUGGGGUCAAGACGACGGAAUAGAUUACUGGCUAUGUGCUAAUACAUGGGGUACUUCUUGGGGCAUGGGAGGAAUGUUUAAAAUCCGACGAGGCAGAAAUGAAUGCGGAAUUGAAAGUCGUAUAACUGGUGGAUUACCGAAAAUAUAAAAACGUAAUAAGAUGAUUGAAUAAUAAUAAAUAAUUAUUGUUUAUAA